AUGACGACGACCGCGGCUCUCCUCCUACCACGUUUGACUCCAACUGUGGUACUCAUCCUUCCCCUCACAUUGACUGCUGCAGUGGACGUACGUACACAGCAGAUAGCUUCUUCUUCUUUAUCGUCGUCAGUCAAUCAUUUAUUCCUUACCAGUCAGACAUCGGGAUCGUACAGUCGGGCGACGGACGGUUUUUUUACCGCAUGCUCCGAGCCACUGCAGCCUCAACCAUCGGCACCUCAGCCAAUGUCUUCACCCCCGAAUGCAUCGAAGUCUUUGGUAGACGAUUUUGAUCCUCAUAUCACUACCACUUCUGCCAGCAGCAACCCCGCGAAUCCCACCAACAACUCGGCGGCUCCCAACUCCUCAUCAUCCUUUACCCCCGCAGUUAGGGAGCCAUCGCCGUAUUCGGCUCCCCCCGUUCAAUCGAACGCAAAUGACAAAAUUGGAGGCUAUGAUAGCGAUGAACAUAUGUAUGAUGAAGAUGUGGAAGAAGAAAUUAAAGAAGAUGCCAAGCUGUCUGAAGAAGAAUACGAACAUCCUCAUCUUGUAGAUCAUCAUCAGGCCAAUGAGGCCAACGAGGAGGAGGACGACGACGACGACAUAGAAUCUCUUACUGAAGACAACGUUGUCGUCCUUGAUGAUGAAGAGGGUGAUCACGAUGAUGAUCAGUUUGUGUAUUCGGCUAGUGCUGCUGCUGCCGCCACCACCUCUGCCAUCCCUGCCACCGAAACCCCUGAAAUUCUUGAAACCCCUUCCAAAUCUUUCGAAACCGAGUCCUCUACACAACCUUCUUCCCUUUUGUCGUCUGAGAUUCCAUCUCCGUUUUCGUCGUCAGCAGUUCAGAUAGGCGCUGAUGUAGAAGCAGAAGCGGAAGAAGCAUCAUCGGCAUUUGAUUUAGCAGAGGACCCAAGUCCGGCCUUGUCCACCACCACCACUACCAACUAUGCACCACCCUCACCAUCCGCCCCUCCUGCAGCAGCCACCUUCUCCUCCUCACCUUCUGAUGAUGCCACCUCUGCUGUCAUCCCCCAAUUAAUAGGUGAUGAUGAUGCUGCUUCUGGUUUUGCUGGUGCAGUCACUGGUGGUCGGGUUUCGCCAGCCGCUGCCGCCACGGAGAUGAUGAAGACGAUGGAUAACUAUGACAAUGAUGACCAUCUCCAAAUGUCCAGUGCUCCACCUCUUAGUCCUACCUCUCUUUCUAGUUCCCCACCUCUGGCCCCUCAACCUUCGGCCCCACCUCAACCUGUUGAGGCAGACCACUUUCACCCCCCAAUAGUCACUAGUAGCACACCACAACAAGCUUCGUCCACCCUGUACAACUCUCACAGCACCAGAGAGAACCGUAUUUCCUCAGAACCCGAGUCCUUCACAGCAGAACCCAACGUUGUACAAACAAGCCCCAAAUUUACAGAUCGACCCAAUGAAGUACAACAUGAGCCGACAUUAGAAGGUAGGACAUGA